AUGUACAGGAGCGACGCAGUGAUCCGCGUUGAAGAUCUAACCGCACUGCACAGAGGAGCUGAUGAACUUUACCAAAAAGCACUCGAUGAGGCCGAGAAGCUAGAUAAUCAGUUGGCUAUGGAUCAAGAAGUUUUGAUAGCUUUGCACGAAAAAGGUGGUAGAGCACAACGUCUUGAGAAACUCAAAGAACAGUACGAGAAAGAGUGUGCCAAAUCGAAUGCUGUUGGGAGAUCAUCUGCCGCAAUCGCCAAAUUGCGCUCUCGACGUCCUAAGCCUGUCGAAGUUGAGAGCACCUCCGUGCAGCCUUCCACUAGUGCGGAAGAAGAAAUGGCUGUUGUGGAAGUAGUUCGAAGUCAUAGGGAUCCCUUGGGUGGUGGCCUGAUCAAGGAUCCAGUGAAAAGCAAGCAUUGCGGUCAUGUUUACGAUCGUACAACGCUGCAGCAGUACAUUCGCGAAAACCAAGAACGACGUAAUGCAUGUUAUCAGUGCCCAUACAGUUUGUAUCAAACUGGCCUUUCAUCAGAAUUCUUUGCAGAAUUGUUCGAAAUUCCUUCCUCGAUCUCCUGUUGCGUUCAGUCUUCACUCACCAGGCCCCGCGAAUUCCGCUGUCAAUCCCUAAUCGUUUUUGGCGACAGUCUCUCAGAUGAUGGAGUUGAGGCUGUCGGCGAAUCUCAUGGCUUCACUCGCAACUCAAAUGGCAAAAUUUGGCCAGAAUAUGUGGAAAAGAUGCUCCAAUGCGAUGAGUUCAUAAACUAUGCCUACAGCGGAGCAAAAAGUAGCAUAGAUAACUUCUAUUUCGAUGGAUGGUCCGGUGUCAGUUGGCAAGUACAAAGAUAUCUUGAAAAUCAUUUGAAUCUUAAUGGUGAACCCCUGAUAAUUUUCCAAACAGGAGGUGUUGUCGACUAUUUUACCGGAGAAAAAGAUGCGACUACUGUAGUUGCUAAUAUCGAAGCUAGUAUAGAAAAUAUUACAAAGACUAUGGAUUCUGGAACGCUUUUCGUCCUAACGCUUCUGGAUCUUGGCAGCUCGCCAGGAGUACGAGCCGCAGAAGAAAGCGCCGAUCUACAGCAAAGGCUUGGCGAGCUUGUAGCUGAGACAAACAGGCACCUUUCCCGAAUCGUCUUCGACUCCGAACGUGGCGCUCGACAACUUUACCCGAAACUAAGGAUCCGUCUGUUAGACAUCAAUCCAGUAGUUAUGGAGGCCAUGAAUUCAUUGAAUUCGUCAGAACCUUUCACAUUCCACAACGCCAAUGUCAGGCCCCGUUCUAUCUAUGGCUAUGCAUAUCACGAUCUUUGGAAUCCGUCCACCAUAGUACACUACGCCCUCGCCGAAGAAAUUGUGAAGCAAUUACAAGAUCUUUGA